AUGUUACCGUCGGCUUCUAGACUUAUCUUUCAAUCUCAAUUAUCUCGAUCUUUACUGAUUCAAACACGGCUGUUUGUAUCGAAUAAAAGCAAGUCUUCGAAUACGAUAAAAGAUGCGUCGGAGCAGGCUGGUCCACACAAUCAAAAAGAACGGUCUGAAUGGGAGAAGAAAGAACAAGGUUUGACUUCGGAUACAGAAACGCGUCAAGAACGAAUUCGUCCAGAUGAAAAAAAGAACAACAAAACAAAAACACCCAAGAAAUAA